UGCUUUUCUUGACCGCCCACUUUCCCUUGUUGUGUCAGUCAGAUAUUAUUUCUGUCUCCGUAAAUCUGUUUAAGAGGUCUGUUCCAAAUCACGCUGUAUUCCCACUGCUGAUGACAACCAGCCACACUAAAUAUGACCAUUAUUUUAGACAAACCGGCUGGAGCUUCCCAUGAGCUUCCUUUUCUUACGAUCACCCUGUCAUUCUAGUCAAGUACAGGGGAAGUAACUGAACUCUGAAACAUGGAAGCCAUUUGACUGUCACGUCCACCUGCUGCUGUCUUUCCACCCGUCGCUCUCUCUCUCUCUUUAAAGUGUGAACCGUCAUUGAAAUGCAGGGGGAGGUCCAGCUGACUCAAGCUGCUGAAAAAAGACCACGUCCGUAUCUCCACGCAUGUUCCAUAAAUACUUUGCUCUCUGUUGAAUGGAGAUUAUUUUAGAUGGCACAUGUGGUGUGAGGCCUUGAGACCCGUCCGGAGCUGUUACUGUGAAAAACAACGCCUGUAGUUCUGUUCUCGGGAAGGUUUUGGAUCAGAUAUGUCUGUUCGUGCCGAUCGGAAGUCUGAAGAAGAAUCUGAAGAAUUUGAUGAAGAUGAGAUUCUGGCUGGCCUGUCGGCCGAGGAGCUCAGAGAACUUCAGGAUGAGAUGGACACGAUUGCUCCUGAUGACAGGAUGCCGGUAGGACUGAGACAGAAAGAUAAAGUCAAAGAUUCUAAUGAGCCAGAGUCAGAAGAAGAGAUCGAUGAGGAUGAGAUUCUGGCAGGCCUGUCGGCUGAGGAGCUCAAAGAGCUUCAAAAAGAGAUGGAAGAGAUCGCUCCUGAUGUGAGAGUGCCGGUCGGAAUGAGACAGAAGGACCAGACGGAAAAACCUCCCACUGGAUCAUUCGAUCACAGAUCACUGGUGGAAUAUCUGUACUGGGAGAAAGAAUCCAAACGCAUGAUGGAUGAGGAGAGAGUUCCCGCAACUAUAUUACCCAGCCAGAAGAAAGAACAAGAGGAACUUGCAGCUAAAGAAGAAGAUAAAGUUGAAGAGGUGGAAUAUGCCUAUGAGGAGAUUGUGGAGGAGGUUAAUGGAGGACAGGGAGAUGUUGGGGAAGAGGUGAUUGAAGAAGUGUUAUUGGAAGUCGAGGAAGAGGACAAAGGAAGCAAAGAGCCUGUCAAGGUGGAGUUUAAGGCAAACAGCCCAACAGUGACGUCAGAAGAUGUUGUAGAGCCACCUAAAGAGUUUGCUGAUCCUAAAGUUGAAUCAAAGUCGGACGGUUCAGGAUGUAAUGAGACCGAAACUAAACCAAAUGAGGAAAAGAAAGCAGACUGCAUCCCGUCGGCACCUUCGUCGUAUGAGAACUGGGUUCCUGAGAAAGAGGAGAGGGUCAUAUCUAAGCUGAAGAUCCCAAAACUUGCCCUGGGUGGAAACAGCCUCGCUAAAAAAACUGCGAGGCCUUCUGGGAAUGAAACGAAUUUGGAUUCCACGUUGACUAAGAUCCGCAAAAACAACCCUUCUGUCACCGACGUCAACCUCAACAACAUCGAAAACAUUCCCAAAGAAAUGCUCCACGAUUACGUCAACGCGCUCAAGAAGAACAGGCACGUUAAAAGUUUUAGUAUUGCGAACACCGGGGCGGACGAAAACGUGGCCUUCGCCCUGGCAAACAUGCUCAGAGAGAACAAAAGCAUCGCCACGCUGAACAUCGAAUCGAACUUCAUAACAGGAAAAGGCAUCGUCGCAAUAAUACGUUGCCUUCAGUUCAACGAGACUCUUAACGAACUUCGCUUCCACAACCAAAGACACAUGCUGGGUCACCACGCUGAGAUGGAAGCGUCACGUCUCCUCAAAGCCAACAACACUCUCCUAAAGAUGGGAUACCACUUUGAGCUCCCGGGACCGCGGAUGGUGGUCACCAACCUCCUCACGAGGAACUUGGACCGUCAGCGGCAGCAGAGAAUGGAGGAGCAGAAACUCCAGCAGAUGAGAGAACAACGAAAGGUCAUGGAGAUGUACGAGAACUCUUUGAACUUACCUCCAGGUGUGCUGGAAAUGUUAGGAGGUUUCAUACCAAUGGCCCUACUGCAAGAUUCUCAAGAAGACCAGAUGGUUCCUCGAGGAUCUCCGGAACCUUGUGAACAACCGAGUCCUCCUCAGCAUCUCCGGAUUAAACAGCAUCCACUGCCACAACAGCGCUCAGACACGGGAAAUGUCUUACAGGAAGUGCAUCUGAAAAAAACUCCAAUACGAAGGGAUCCAUUUCUGGAUUUGAAUUAUAAGGAUGAGAGAAAAGAGGGCAGGGCUAACGUACAGUUGAGGAGUGUUUCCAAACACAGAAGCACAGCGAGUGAAAGACCUGGGGAUGAGAAAGCCAAUCUUAAAGAUAUGAUAAAGACUCUGAAGCCAGUCCCUCGAAGACGAGAGCCACCGAAAGUCGACUUAACCCCUCGGGAUCACCUGCUCAAAGAGAUAAAGCAGAGCAGCGUGGCCUAUCUGAAAUCGGUACCACUGCCAAAAAUCCUGGAGUCGAGAGAAACAAGUCUAUUCUGAGCCAAGACAGAAUAUAAAGCGAUACAAGAGUGUGCUUAAUGUGGCCAAACAAUUCCACGAAGCUCCUAUGGAGAAAGGAGAUGGGAAUAGAAGGUCAUGUGGUUGGACACGCAGUUGCAAACGAAGGAGGUACCAUGUGGUGGGCAAUGUGACCCGAACUGUAAAAUGUAACAUGCAUGUCAAAUCAAUGAAAGUUAUUAUGAACUGGUUCAUGGGAUGUUGUGAAUGUUGAAGAUGCUGAGUACAUGUAGCACUAGCAAACAUACUUUUUUGAGUUGAUGUAUUUAUAGUGUAUAGAAAGCUAAUAAACCUCACACUUGACUUUU